UUUUCGUGUAAAAAUGAGGGUAAUCAACUGGACACUUCUUUACUCGAAGCUUCUUUUUUCUUUUACGUCAUUUAUAGUGUAAUUCGAUACAGUGAUCCCAUGGAUUGUACCUUUAUUAUCGAAUGCACAAAUGUACAAGUAUUGGCAGAAUUCUAUUUGAGGAUGCGACCUAUACUAAAUCCCUUUAACAUGAAGCUGAAUACUCCAGCUUCCUUAUUUAUGGUGAGGCAUAACAUAAAGUCUAUCGUCGAUUCAAACUUUGGCACUGUCAAUGAGAACAUGAAACAUGCACAAGAAGGCAAACGCACUGCUGUGGGGUUCGCUCACGUUGCAAGGCAUACUAUUACAAAUCCAAAAACCUCUAAUAGAGGAAAUAAAAAAAGUUUCAUAUUUCAUCUUACGAAUUUUUGGGAAUCUGGUCAAGACGAAGCCUUUGCCAAUAGGUUCUUGCACCCACAAAUCUUCAUUGAUAUAAUGAGUACUCUUAUGAGUAUUUAUACUAAUACAAACGUUGAAGACAUUACGGACACUCGUCUACAUAUGUGGUCUAAACAAUGUCUUAGUGAAGUACUUAAUUCAAUCCGUAUAUUCACGAGAAUAAUGCCAUCAAGCAACAAUUGUGUCGCCGCUGCUGCUGCUGCUGCUGCUGUUAAAAGCAAUGAGAAGGAAACACCUCAAACUUCUGCUGCAAUACAAGUGUCAACGGACGAUCCAGAGGAUCAGGUUUUUCAAGAUGUGCGAGAUCGCAUUAACCAAUUGACAGAAUCUUCGGAUCCCUGGGGAGGAUGUGACGAAGACAUGGCAUGGACAUCGAGAAUCGACAACGCUUCGAAUGAAAAACCAAUGCUGGGGGUAGGGGGUUCCGAAGAGGAAAAAGAAGGGCUCGAUAAGCCGACCGAACAUGGUGUUGACAACGCAGUAGAAGAUGGCAAGGAAUAUCAGGCUGCGAUUACCCAAGUUCGCAAAGACAACGAAGAAGAGUGCAUAACACAAGUUGUAAAAAGCUAUGACGGACAACCGAUAUGCCAGGAAGAGUCCCAAUAUCAUGGAAGCGAAAGAGCACUUAUUGGUAACGAUGGCAUAGUUAUUCAAGAUUGCCAAUACGAUAAAGAGUGUGAUAUACAAUUCAUGACUAAUGGGGAAGAAGAAAUGUGUGACAAACAUAAGCGCUACUCUGAAGCAGGCGCUUGUGACAACGUUGAACUCUAUGAUAAAGUUAAUGGAGAUAUCGACGACCGACCAGCACCUUCUUUGGUGGACGAGGUGUCCUGGCAACCACCACUCAAUCUUGACGAUGUUCUGAAACGUAUGUCAAUAAUUUAUUGUAUAACAUAG